AUGGAUAGCUAUCCACCGGAUUACAAGGUGGAAUUCAAGAGCGAACGAGCAAGAUGGCCGCCUCUUACAAGAAUGCUCAUGUCGGGCGAGAUGAGUGGUAUUGAGCCCAAGGAAUUGACCUUGAAGCAGAGAUUUGAUCGCUGGAUGAUCAACGAAGGAUGGCGAAGAUUCACCGUGUUUUUAUUCAUACUCGUUCAGAUACUGGUUUAUAUUUUCGGGUUUAUGAAUUACGCUUUCAAGGACAAUUUGAAUGGUGCUCGUGCAACUUAUACCUGGACAUAUAUGGUGGCCAGAUCUGCGGCUCUGGUUCUGCAUUUCGAUGUCAGCUUGAUUCUAUUUCCUGUCUGUCGCACAUUGAUUUCGCUUCUGAGACAGACUCCUCUUAACGGAAUCAUUCAGUUUGACAAGAAUAUUACUUUCCAUAAACUGAUCGCCUGGGCAAUCGUAUUCUUCUCCUGGGUCCACACAAUCGCUCACUUGAACAACGUCGCCCAACUCUCCGCCAAAAACAACCAGGGCUUCAAAGGCUUCCUCGCAGCCGGUUUCAUCACCGGCCCAACGUGGACGGGCUGGAUUAUGCUCAUCGCCCUGAUGGCUAUGGUGUUCACCUCCACCGAGAAACCACGACGCGCAAACUUUGAACGUUUCUGGUAUACGCACCACUUGUUUAUUGUGUUUUUCGUGUUUUGGUCAAUGCACGGUAUCUGGUGUAUGAUUCCGACGGAUUUUGCGCCCUUUUGCGCAGGAAAUGGUGUCUUUUAUGAGUAUUGGAUUUAUUCGGCUGUUGUUUAUUUGGCGGAGAGAGUUGCGAGGGAGAUUCGCGGACGACAUGCAACGGUUAUUUCGAAGGUGAUUCAGCAUCCGAGUAACGUGGUUGAGAUUCAGAUUAAGAAGGAGAAGACCAAGACCAAGGCUGGACAGUAUAUCUUCCUCUGCUGUCCAGAAGUAUCCCUCUGGCAAUACCAUCCCUUCACCCUUACCAGUGCCCCCGAAGAAGACUAUAUUUCUGUCCACAUCCGUUGUGUGGGAGACUUUACGCGAGCCCUCGCCAAAACCCUCGGUUGCGACUUUGACUCUGGCAAAAGCAAAGGCUCAGACGGUAAAAAUAACGGCUCUGCCGUUGUCGGAAUCGACAAAAUCGGCACAGGAGACAAGGACCUCGAUCCUACUAUCCGCCGCAUCUUACCGCGACUUUAUAUCGACGGCCCCUUUGGCAGUGCAUCUGAGGAUGUAUUCAAGUAUGAAGUUGCCAUGUUGGUUGGUGCCGGUAUUGGAGUUACACCCUUUGCAUCUAUCUUGAAGAGUAUCUGGUACCGAAUGAGUCACGGUAAACCGACGAGGUUGCGAAAAGUGUACUUUUUCUGGAUUUGUCGAGAUUUCGGAUCUUUUGAGUGGUUCAAAUCGUUGCUUUCUGCUAUUGAGGCGCAGGAUUUGGAGAGCAGGAUUGAGAUUCAUACUUAUCUGACCGCCAAAAUCAAACCCGACGACGCAACAAACAUCAUGAUCAACGAUGCCAACGCUCCUCACGACACAAUCACCGGUCUCCGCGCACCCACAAACUUUGGCCGACCAAACUGGAAUAUGAUAUUCCGAUCAGUUCGCAAGAUUCAUUCCCCGGCUGAAGCAGGUGUUUUCUUCUGUGGACCCAAGGGCCUUGGAAGUCAGUUACAUAUCAAGUGUAAUCAACACUCAGAUCCGGACUUUGAGUUUGUCUGGGGAAAGGAGAAUUUUUAA